ACCAUCAUGGUGUUCAUGGGCGUCGUACCGCUGGCGGUGGGCGGUUUCGGCAACUUCGUGGUCCCGCUGCAGAUCGGCGCCCCCGACAUGGCGUUCCCAAGGCUCAACAUGGCGAGCUAUUGGAGCUACUUCAUGGGCGGCGUGGUGAUGUUCAUGAGCUUCUUUGUGCCCGGCGGCGCGGCCCAGUCAGGCUGGACUUCGUAUCCGCCACUGGCCAACAUCGCCUCCUCGGGCCAAACCUGGUGGCUGGUGGGCAUGCUGUUCUUGAUCCUCUCUUCACUGCUCGGCGCGGUGAACUUCCUGGUCACGAUCAUCAACCUGCGGGUCGAGGGGCUGACCUUCUUCCGCUUGCCGUUCUUCGUCUGGUCGCAGUUCGUGACCUCGUUCCUGCUCUUGCUGGCCUUCCCGCCAUUGCAAGCCGCCGGCAUGAUGCAGCUGAUGGACCGGGUCGCCGGCACCAGCUUCUUCAUGCCCUCGGGGUUGGUAAUCAGCGGUCAGGUGUCGGAAGUCUCGGGCGCCGGUAGCCCGAUCCUUUGGCAGCACCUGUUUUGGUUCCUGGCCCACCCCGAGGUCUACGUACUGAUCUUGCCGGCGCUGGGCAUCAUCGCCGAGAUCAUCGCCAACAACACCCGCAAGCCACUGUGGGGUUAUAAGUCGAUGGUCUACUCGGUGAUCUUCCUCGGCUUCAUGUCGUUCAUCGUCUGGGCGCACCACAUGUUCUUGACCGGCAUGGGCACGGCAAUGUCGGCGUUCUUCCAGACCACCACGAUGAUCAUCUCGAUACCCUCGGUGAUCAUCUUGACGGCGUUGUUGCUAUCGCUGUGGGGCGGCUCGAUACGGUUCAACACGCCGAUGCUGUUCGCCUUGGCCUUCAUUCCGAUGUUCGGCAUCGGUGGCCUGACCGGCCUACCACUGGUGACCGCCGCCGAUAUCCACCUGCACGACACCUACUACGUGAUCGGCCAUUUCCACUAUGUGGUGGCACCGGGCACGAUCUUCGCGCUCUUUGCCGGGGUCUACUACUGGUAUCCCAAGGCCACCGGUAAGCGAAUGAGUGAGCUGCUAGGCAAGCUGCAUUUCUGGCCCAGCCUGGUGUUUAUGAACCUGAUCUUCUUCCCGAUGCUGAUCCAAGGUCUGGCGGGCAUGAACCGGCGGAUGUUCGAUGGCGGCGAGAUCUAUGCUCAUACCCAGCAUGUCUUGCACUGGAACAAGCCUACGCAAGCCGAAGACCGCGGGCGACAACCCGUGGGAUGCCACCACCCUCGAGUGGGCGGCGCCGUCACCGCCACCGCAUGGCAACUUCGCGACCGAACUGUGGUCUACCGCAACCCCUACGAGUACAGCGUGCCCGGGCACUCGAAGGACUACCACCCGCAGUUCGAGAGCUGA